ACAAUCACAUCUUUUAUUUUGCCCAUUAUCAGAUAUUCACGCCAUCGGUGGCGUUUCUAUUUUUGUAGAAAAUAAAAGUAGUGAAGUGUCAAAAUUAUUGAUUAGACCACUAUUGCAGUGGUUACACUUCCUGACGAAUUCAUUUUUUUAAGGUGUAUUUUACGCAACCAGGUUAUGGGCGUGUUCGUUGUCUAAUUUAUUAAUAAUAGUUUGAGAGCGUAAUUAAUUUUCUAUUAUACUAAGUGCUAAGGAAUAUUAAUUUUCAGAAGACAUAAUUGGAAGCAUAUUUAUAUGAAAUAUUUAACAUGGAUGGAGGUGGUUAUUCAGGUGAUGGAGACUGUACUGGACAGUCAUCUAUUUCCAAUAAGAAGUUACAGCAAACUCAAGCUAAAGUUGAUGAAGUUGUUGGGAUCAUGAAAGUCAACGUAGACAAAGUUCUAGAAAGAGAUCAAAAAUUAUCAGAACUUGACAACAGAGCUGAUGCCUUGCAAAUGGGUGCUGCACAAUUUGAACAGCAGGCAGGAAAGUUGAAAAGAAAAUAUUGGUGGAAGAACUUGAAGAUGAUGAUCAUCAUUGGUGUUAUUUGUGGUAUUAUAUUAAUCAUCAUUAUACUAUCAAUACCAUCAGGAGAUGAUACCCAACCUAAGUAAGUGAUCAAAUAAUGUAAUUGUUAUUUAAAGAAGAAAAGUUAGUUGUAAAGGAAACUGGGGCACUACAAUCCAACAACCUUUCAACAAUGAUUUUUGAUAGAAAUCCUACAUAUUUUUGAGAUAUUUUUACAGUUACAAUUUAUAGGUGUCUAAGUUUAUACUGUGGUAAAGUGGCCUUUUUAAAAUCUGAACACAUAAAAUACGUAUGUUUAUAUUCGUAAUGCCUUAAGAUUCUGAGCAGUGAAUCCAAACCUUGAUGGGUAAUAGUUAAUUACCGUUUGACUUUUUCUCCGAUGUUGCCUUUUUUGAUAAUUAAAAAACUAAUAUUUACCAUAUUAUGUACUUUUUAUACUAAUCAAUAAUGAACACAUAUCCUACUGUUCUUUAUAUAAAUAAUAACAUUAAAAUAUUGUACAAAGUAUAUUUAAAAAAUUGAAUAUAAGUGAAUUGUGAAUUGUGAAUUAACAUACCAAAUUGCAUAUACUAUAAAUGUACAACUUUGAUCAUCAGAAAUCUAAUAAAAAAAAAUUUUUAAAAA